GGUCGUGGUGGACAUUGAUGCUUGUUUCACGCCUACUCCAACAUCUACUUCCGUUACCUUAUUAACCUUAGACACAAUAGAACCAUCAUAAACCCCAAAAUACUGAAACAACAAAACCGAUUAGGGUUAGGGUUUCCACAUUCUCUGCAAUAAUGGAUGCCCAACGAGCAUUGCUAGACGAGCUAAUGGGUUCAGCUCGCAAUUUAACUGAAGAAGAGAGAAGAGGGCACAAAGAAAUCACAUGGGAUGAUAAGGAUGUGUGUGGAUUCUACAUGGUGAAGUUUUGUCCUCAUGAUUUGUUCGUCAACACUCGAAGUGAUCUCGGUCCAUGCCCGAAAAUUCACGACCCGAAGUUGAAAGAAAGCUUUGAGAACUCUCCAAGGCAUGAUUCUUAUGUGCCAAGAUUUGAAGCAGAUUUGGCUCAUUUUUGUGAAAAAUUGAUCAUGGAUUUGGAUAGGAAAGUUAGGCGGGGUCGUGAGCGUCUCGCUCAAGAGGUCGAACUUCCUCCACCACCACCUCUUCCAGUUGAAAAAUCUGAACAAUUAUCGGUUCUUGAGGAGAAAAUCAAGAAUCUUCUAGAAUCUGUUGAGGCUCUCGGGGAAGCUGGCAAGGUCGAUGAAGCCGAAGCACUCAUGAGGAAGGUGGAUCUGCUUAACAUUGAGAAAACCGCGUUGACCCUGCAAUCACAAAACGACAAAGUUUUAGUGCCUGCACAAGAAAAGAAGAUGGCGCUUUGCGAAACGUGUGGUUCGUUUCUGAUCGCGAAUGAUGCUCUCGAAAGAACUCAGUCUCACAUCACUGGAAAACAGCAUAUCGGUUACGGCAUGGUUCGUGAUUUCCUCUCUGAGUACAAGGAGUCGAAAGAGAAGGCAAGGGAGAAAGAAGCAGAAGAAAGAAAGAAGCAAAGAGAAAAAGACGACAGAGACGGAUCUGCUGACGUGGACAGGAACCGUGACAGGCGGGACCGCGAGAUGCCAAGAGAUCGAAACAAUAGAGGCAGUCGUGAUACAGGAAGAGGACCAGAUCGUAGGUACAAUAACAAUAACAACAAUAAUAAUUAUAAUUAUAGAAACGGGGGUGACAGGAACAGGGAUAGAUACCGCGGGCGUAACCGUAGCAGAUCUCGAUCACCCGCUAGGCAUGCACGGAAUAAUAGGUCAUCCAGAAGUCCAUAUUAGUGAGAGUUCUGUAGAUAAAUGUCAGAUUUGAAGUUGGAAGGUAGACGGUUUUUUAAUUAUAACUCGUAAUGUUCUAUGAAUGCAUGUUUUGGAGUCUCAAAAGGUAUAAUGUCGUGGGUGAACCUCUUUUUUGUUCUCACAGCUUUGAUGAGAUUAAUCUCGUAUCGUCAAUAUCAAUA